AGAGAACAUUGUGAUUUCCUGCUGGAUAUGUACUCACAUGUGAAGGACUAUGAGACUCAAACAGGCAAGAGUGUUCUUCCAGCAUUACAGCCAAUUUAUCAGUCAGCUCCUGCAGUCUGGAUCAUAGAUCUCUCAGAGAGAAAGAGCUCCAUCCUCCUAGAAGUGCUGAAACUCCAAACAGAGAAGAAACCAGUAGAGCUGAGAGACUGGACAGAUGAAGAGAGUGAAGUGAAGGGAUUCCUGCAGUGUCUGCCCUACAUCUCACAGCUGAGGUUUGACUCGAUGAGUGAACCUACUAUAAAGUUUCUACUGAAACUGAUUGUUUCAGCAUCAGAGAUCGAUACAAAUCAAGGAGAAAAUUACACUGAACUAUUAACAUCUGUGUGCAGCUACACAUCUUUCCCUUUUAAUGAGGAUUAUUUAGAUGAUUUAGAUAUUCAGACUGAUCAGUGUGAUUUUCUGCUGGAUCUGUGGUCACAUGUGAAGGACUAUGAGACUCAAACAGGCAGCAGUGUCCUUCCAGCAUUACAGCCAAUUUAUCAGUCAGCUCCUGCAGUCUGGAGCAUAGAUCUCUCAGAGAGAAAGAGCUCCAUCCUCCUAGAAGUGCUGAAACUCCAAACAGAGAAGAAACCAGUAGAGCUGAUAGACUGCACAGAUGAAGAGAGUGAAGUGAAGGGAUUCCUGCAGUGUCUGCCCUACAUCUCACAACUGAGGAAUGCCGAUCGGUUCAUCCCAUCUCUGUGUAAAGUGUUUGGGUCCAGAGUGAAGGCAGAUCAGGUCACUCCUCUACUUCAGGCUUUGGACUUCACUGUCACACUGAGUGGAAAAUUACCCAGCAGCACCUGCAGAUCUGUGGGGAGAGUUCUGGGUCUUUCACUCUCAAAACUAAACCUGACUCUAAAGCCACAAGCCAUUUCUGUCAGAGGAACCAGACUGCUCUUCAGACACAUCAAACACCUGCAGAAGCUGAGUCUGGAAGACAAAAUGUUAGUGAAGAUGGUCAGAGUGCUGAGGUCAUGUCCUGUUUUACUGAACACAGAGGAGCUUUCACUGAUCACUAAAGACUCAAAGCAGAGUCUCUCUCAUAUCCUGAGCAGAUUGACGUCUCUCCUGAGACUGCUGUCUGUCCAGUGUUUGGAUCUUACUGAGUGUAAAUCUGAAUCUCUGUCUCUCACAACACUGUUCUGUGUCCAGGAUCCUCUGUCUAUCAGGUUCUCUAAAGAAACUCUUCAGCAGCUGGUUUCAGUGGUGUAUGAAGCACAGGAUGAUGAACUGACACGCUCUUUCCUGAAGAAGGUGUCUAAGGAUCUGACUUUCUGUUCACUGACCUGGGAAGUGAUUCAUUACCUGCUGCAACAUCAAGCUCUGAAUUUAAAGCUGGACUUCAGGAAGAUUAAAAUCACUUGUGAAAUCAGACAACUGUUACCCUGGUUGGGCACAAUUCAGCUGAAAAGGUUGAGCCCCAGCUUUACUCUGUCCAUCAUUAUGGAGAUUUAUGAAACUCGUUUUCCUCAGUAUGUGUCCAUUCUGAUGAGUUCUGUGAAGAAUGACAUCAACCUGAAUGGCCGAGUGUUGGACUCUGUUCACUGCGCUGCUCUGCGCUUCACUCUGCAGCACUGCAACACUGUCAAACUCAAUCUGCUCUGGACCUCCAUACCAGCGGAGGAGCUAGAGAGCUUUCUGCCUUUACUCAGCAGAGUCACACAACUCAGUGUUGACAGGCUGCUGUUGCUGAAGCUGCUUCAUUGCUGCAGUUCCUCUGAUCUCCAGCAGGAGGCAGCAGAUGUUCUUCUCUCUGCUCUUCACCACAGACUGGACUUCUCCUGCUGCUCUGCUCUGGAUUUAACAGACACACAGGAGAACCAGGAGCAUUUGAAACUAACGGAAAAAGUCUGUAGAAUAAUCUCGUCUGUGCUUCAGAAAACUCCAAGCAUUGUGAAGUUGAUCUUACAGGACUGUGAGCUCUCUAAUACAGCCCUGAAACAACUUUGGCCAAUCCUGCCUCAAGUCCAGCUGAAUUGUAGUAAAGCUCUGCUGCUGCAGUUUCUGGCUUGUAUUAGUAAAGAUGGAUCUCAGAGAGGCUCUUUGAGGAGGGCUGAGGCUCUUUCACAGGCUUUUGGAGGAGAGAUGGACCUCAGUCACACUCAGAUGGACCCGAGAGCUUGUGAACAGCUGGCACUGUUUCUGGAAUAUUCUGAAGGACUGACAGAACUGGAUCUCAGUCACUGCAAACUCACUGAUCUCUGCGUGGAGCCGCUGCUGCCACAUCUGCACAAAACCCAGACUCUGGACCUGAGUCACAAUAAUAUCACAGAUGAAUCAGCAAAGAGGAUCCACAGUAUCGUCUGCACUCACAGCAAUCUUCAGACUGUACGACUCUUCGGAAACAAAAUCAGUGAAAGAAAGCAAUUCACCAGAGACAAGCGAUUUGAAAUAUGGUGAAGAUCCUGGACCAGAACCUUAAUGAUUUAACAUUAGGAGGGUGUUUAGUAUAAGGCUUGACUCAUGAUGAAACAAACUUUGAAGCACUAAACAGUGUUCUGUGUAGAAGUUUAUUUUUAUGAUUAAUUACAAAUAAUAGCUUUAUAUUUGAACCAGAUUUAUUUAAAUGAAAUGUUUAUUACAAAGCUAUGAUGUUGUAUAUUUUGCAUUGUGUUAGGCAAGACUUAUGUUGUGGAUAUGUAGCACUACUAGGUUUUGAUCUGUUUUCACUGGCUACCGUUCACCGCUCACAUUAUGUUCAAGACUUUGGAUGCUGACUGGAACAAAUAUUUCUGUUUCAUAUUGUUAUAGACAAUGUUUAGAGCUUCUAGACGAUCUUUAAUACUUUAUAUUGUUAGCACUGCAUUGAUCUUCAGGAUAAAUAUAUUUGUUAUACUCCUGAAUUUUAAUUUUCCUUGGUUAAAAGCAUCACCUAAAUGAAUGAAUACUCCAGUAGUCAGCCUCUUUUAAAACAUGUAAUCGAGCUGUAAGAAAGAAGUGGAUUUUAUUAUUAUUAUGGUUAAGAUUUUCAUACUGUCUUUUUAUCUCUUUAUAUUUUAUUUUUCUCGAAGCCUUUUGCAUUUAUAAGGUUUUCAUGAUUACACUAUGUUUUGAAGCAAUUUUACAUAGCCUUUAACCGUUACUAAUUCUACAAGUGUAAUUUUGAGAAAGACAACUAUUAUUAUUCAAUAAAACACAGUUUCAUAUUUA